GAAAUUUUACCUGCAGCAAAAAAUAAAGGAAUUUUUUUAUCUUGUAAGAUGAAUGGUUCUGAACGAAUUCAAUAAGAAUAUAAGAAACUUUUCUACUUUAUAAAUUUGUUUUUUAAAAAAUAGUUCAAAUGGAAAUUUUUAAUUUAUUUUUCCAGAACUGGACCCUCCUUUUGAGAAUCCAUGGAAAAUUAUGAACCAUGCUGGUUCCUUUCUCACGAUUCCUGAAAUGCACAGGAAAUCCAGCCCCAGCUCCAUGCUUCUUCAGAAAAUGCUUUAACGCAUGGGCUUCACAAAUCAAGAAUGCCUCCUCCCCCUACAAAGCUUUGGACCUCUACUUCCAAAUGCACCGCCGCUCCGUCCCUUUUGAUAGCUUCUCUAUUCUCUUCACACUCAAAUCAUGCACCCGUUUGCAGAGCCUCGUCAUCAUUCGUCAUCUCCAUUCUCAUAUAAUCAAAUUGGGAUUCAUCACUCACGUAUACGUUGCCACUUCUCUACUCCAUGCUUAUGUUGUUACAUCAUUUAGUAAUGCUCGUGUAUUGUUCGACGAAAUGCCUGAGAGAAACACUGUUACGUGGAAUACAAUGAUUACAGCGUAUUCAAGGUCAGGGAAUAUAAAAAAAGCACGGGGCAUUUUUGAGGAAAUGCCGUUGAGGAAUGCGGCUUCUUUGUCUGCCAUGAUUAGGGCCUACUUUGACCGUGGCUAUUGGGAUCAAGGGCUAUCGUUAUUUCGAGAAAUGAUAUCAAGUGGGGAAAUAAAACCAGACGAAGUGACCGUGGGAACUGUUUUAUCAUGUUGCAUAAACUUAGGCUCUCUUGCAUUGCUAGUUGGGGAGUCGGUUCAUGGCUUUACUGUGAAGAAUGGGUGGGAGCUGAAUGUGGAAAUUGGCACAAUUCUGGUUGACAUGUAUGCUAAGUGCGGUCAUAUGAAGAAUUCUUUCAGACUUUUUGAUUUGAUGCCAGAAAGGAAUGUCAUGUCUUGGACUGCGUUGAUAUGUGGGGCAUCACAAAAUGGCUUUAGUCAGGAAGCGUUGAUCUUGUUUAAGAUGAUGCAAGAGACAAACGUUAGACCUAAUGAGCUGACUUUCACUGGCAUUCUUAAUGCGUGUGCUCAUUCGGGGCUAAUUGAAGAAGGCAGAAAAUAUUUCAAGAUGAUUGAAGAGUAUGGUUUGGAGCACAGAAUUCAGCAUUAUGGAUGCAUGGUUGAUCUGCUUGGCAAGGCAGGGUUGUUAGAAGAAGCUUAUGAGGUUAUUAAGAAAAUGAAACUUGAUACUAAUGCUUUUAUCUGGGGCUCCUUUUUAUCAGCCUGCAAGGAGCAUAAGCAGUUUGACAUGGCUGAAAUAGUGAUUGAACCCAUCUUGAGUGCAAUAAAGCCAGAGAAUGAUGGAGGCAUUUAUACUCUUAUUUGUGAUUUGUAUGCUUUAAAUGAGAAAUGGGAUGAUGCAGAGAGAGUGAGAAAAUUAAUGCUUAAUCAAAAUGUGAGAAAAGCCAGAGGCUCUAGUUUUAUCAGAAAUUGAUCAUAUGACAUCCAUUCAUCUGUUCUCAGGUAAUAGUUUGGAAUUUUGAC